AUGGUUGAAGGGAGGAUUUCUUCAAAAGUUUCCAGAAUGAUAAAGGAUUCUGAGUCUCGUCUCAUGGAGAAAAUUGAUCUUUGUGAUCAUAGUAAUGAGAUGAGGGUCAAUGCUCAGAAAAUUGAACUUUUGUUUAUUCAAGAUGUGAAGAAAGUUAGAGAAGAUGUGAAUUAUAAACUCCAAGAACUUCGACAAGAUAUGGAGAAAGAGAUUCCAAAUGUUCGUACUGAAUUUGCAUCUCUCAAUCAAAAGGUGGAUAUCAUAUGUGAUGCAGUUACUAAUUUUACUAAAUUGUACGAAAGUCUGAGUCCUCAAAUUGCUCAACUUUCUACAACAGAGAACAAGAAUUUAAUGAAGGUUUUCAUGUUGUUAAAGGAGCUUAAAACCUUAUCUUCUGCACCUGCUUCGUCUUCUCUGCUCUCCUAUGAAGAUCUUAUCAAGAAAUUUUCCCAAUUCAAAGCCUUACUUCUUCAACAGUUGGCUCCUCUUUCACGAAUAUCUAGCUAUUGGUGGUUUUGCCUAACUAUUGGUGGGUUGGCUUGA